AUGGGCAGCAGGGAAGGAUUGAUGUCUUUCCUGGCCAUAGAAAUAGGUAAGAAGCUGCUCACUCACAGAACAUUUUGGAAUAUAUGGCAAAGAUUAGGCUGUGGGUGUCAGCUUCUGAGGCUUAUCCCCACCCACCACUCCCGAGAAGCUGAGCGGAAACCAGAGCACCUCCAGCCGGAGAGGCGUGUCCCGCCUCCCCACCCCGGUCCUGCGGGAACCACGUGGUUUAUCCGUGACGGCUGCGGCAUCGCCUGUGCCAGCCUUACCUGUGCGGAGUGUGUGGUCCUCUUUGUCAUGCUGAUUCCAUCUCGACACCGCGUGUACAGCAUCAUCCACGGAACUGUGUGCAACCUGCCGGCCUCCUUGGCCCCGGCCUCCCACUGCUGGGCCAUGAGGGACCCGGGGGCGGUGCCCAAAGGAAAUGCCGCUAAAGAAUUCAGGCGCUUCCCGCUGAAGCCGCGGCAGGUGGUGUACACGUGUGCCAAAUGCCGCAGCAUUCGGCCUCACCGGGCCCACCACUGCAGCGUCUGUAAGCGGUGCACUCCCAAGACGGAACACCACUGUCCCUGGGUCAACAGCGGCGUCUGCGAGAACAACCAGAACCCUCGUCCUCUUGGCAACCUCCAGGUAGCGCUCAUUUCCCUGCACAUGCGCAUCAUGGUGGGAUUCUACUUCCUGCAUUGCUGUGAAGAAGGCUGUACGGAGCGCAGCCCCUUCUCUGCGCCCACCACGGCGAUUCUCCUCACCCCGCCACGCGGUGCGGGCCUGCUCUUCCUCAGUCACACAUCAGUGACGUUUGCGACCCAGGUGGACUCCAUCUGCCCAGAUGAGACGGGAAUACAACUGAAAAAGGAAGAGAGAAGAUGGAUUAAAAAAAAAAAAAAAGAGGAUGAACAUUUUUUUUCAUCCAUUUUUUUCAUCCAGAACAGCCAGGCCAACAUGGGGCCAAGAUGGCGUUGGUUUGAACUGCUUCCCUGUCACGUUAGGGCUACAGAGAGCAGUUUCAAUGGAAAGCGGAGGUAUGGUCGAGAAAACAUCCCUGCUGACUUGGGCAGUGUGAUGGCCAUAGCGAAGCAGAGUGGCCCCCAGGGACCCUGCUCUGUCCUCGCAUACACACACACAGGAGGAGCCGAGAAAGCUGAUCCAAGGAGUGAUGACAAGCGCUGCACAGAAAUGUUUGCCAAAAGCCUUCUGGAGGACGCAGAGAUGUGCUUGGGGCUCCACCCCACUGGGCAAAGGCAGCCCCUCGCAAAGCUUCCCUCAGCUCCAGGAUGCUCCUCUCAGCCUCUGAUCCACAAAGCCCUAAAAGCCUUGGGCUGUUCCCGGAGAGCGCCCCACACCAGGGAGACUCUCCAGAGAGAGAAGAAACUCACCAAUAUUGAGUUCGGUUUUGUCAACGCCAGCUCUUUGCUGGCACUGCUAUUAUUAAAAGAUCAGAGCUGA